GGCGAUAUAUCUUGGGAAGACAUUCUGCAGUUACAUAAGUAUCAACAACAGCUCAAGUUUUGAAGUUCGUGAUGUUGUGAUUAAGGUAGAAUACAUGUUCAUUUGUAGGAUACUGCUUCUGGAUACAUCGAAAUCACCUGUUGAAUCAGUACGUGUCGGGGGGCGAUACGAUUUUAUUGUGGAGCAUGAUGUGAAAGAACUUGGUGCACACACCUUGGUGUGCACUGCACUUUACACUGAUGGUGGAAAUGAGAGGAAGUAUCUCCCACAGUUUUUCAAGUUUGUAGUUUCUAACUCCAUCUCAGUACGGACAAAGGACACAACGUUUUUGGAGGCUUGUUUAGAAAAUCAUACAAAAUCUCACCUUUAUAUAGACCAAGUUGAAUUCGAGCCAGCUCAGCAUUGGGUUGCAACUGUGCUAAAAGCUACUGAUAAUUCCUUUGAUCAUAAUCCAUUAGCAAG